CCUCUCCUGCAAUUGCAGCUCAACUGCAAUACAGUAUCAGCAGGACCACCGCCAUUUUCUCACCUUCAAGCUUACAUUUCUAUCUUUUUCUACACUCAAUUUACAGAGCUUGUAAUGCCUGCACUUGUUGAAAGUGAAACAAUGGCGUCUGAAGAUUUGAUGGAGCUGAAGAAGAGCGGAAAUGGGUCAUCCGCCGACUCCCAUAAGAAGUCGAAGAAGACCAAGAUUGAUUCUGGGUCUGAUUCAGAGGAGAUAAAGAAGAGUAAUAAGAAAGAUAAGAAGCGUAAAGCUUUAAGCUUGGAUGAUCAGGAGAAUGGAUAUUCGGAGGUUUUGGAACCGGAUGAAAAGAAGAAGAAGAAGAAAAAGAAGAAGAAAAAGGAUGAGGAUGAGGCUAAAUUGGUGGAGGAGGAUAGUGAGGAGAAAGAGGAGGAUCCUAAUGCCUUGUCUAAUUUUAGGAUUUCAGUGCCACUGAGAGAAGCUUUGAUUACCAAAGGGAUACAUGCGCUGUUUCCUAUUCAAGCUAUGACUUUUGAUACCAUAUUGGAUGGGUCUGACUUGGUUGGUCGAGCUCGCACUGGUCAGGGUAAAACAUUAGCCUUUGUGUUGCCCAUAUUGGAGUCCCUGAUAAAUGGACCUACUAAAGUAUCACGGAAAACAGGGUAUGGGAGGGCUCCAAGUGUCUUAGUGCUUUUACCUACUAGGGAGUUGGCACUUCAGGUGUUUGCUGACUUUGAAGUUUAUGGUGGGGCUGUGGGGCUAACUUCAUGUUGUUUAUAUGGAAAUUCAUCCAUGGGACAACAACAAGUUCAACUGAAAAGAGGAGUUGAUAUCGUCGUAGGUACUCCUGGAAGAAUUAAGGACCACAUCGAAAGAGGAAAUAUUGAUUUCAGGUCCCUAAAGUUCCGUGUUCUUGAUGAAGUUGAUGAAAUGUUGAAAAUUGGUUUUGUUGAUGAUGUUGAAUUUAUAUUAGGCAAGGUAGAAGAUGCAAGCCAAGUUCAAACACUUCUUUUCAGUGCCACUUUGCCGAGCUGGGUGAAGCAUAUAUCUUCGAAGUUUCUCAAACCUGAUAAGAAAACAGCUGAUCUUGUUGGUGAUGAGAAAAUGAAGGCCAGCAAGAAUGUGAGGCAUAUUAUUAUCCCAUGCUCUAGUUCAGCCAGAUCUCAGCUGAUUCCUGAUAUCAUUCGCUGCUACAGCAGUGGUGGACGCACAAUUAUUUUCACUGAGACAAGGGGUUAUGCUUCGGAGCUAGCUGGCAUAUUGCCUGGGGCACGUGCUUUGCAUGGAGAGAUACAACAGUCCCAGCGUGAGAUUACACUUGCUGGAUUCAGAUCAGGAAAGUUCCUUACAUUAGUGGCCACAAAUGUAGCAGCACGUGGAUUGGAUAUCGACAACGUUCAGUUAAUUGUUCAGUGUGAGCCUCCACGUGAUGUUGAAGCGUAUAUUCAUCGAUCUGGCAGGACUGGACGAGCAGGAAAUACUGGUGUUGCUGUAAUGCUUUACGAUCCUAAGAAGUCCAACAUCUCUAAGAUUGAAAGAGAAUCUGGUGUCAAGUUCGAGCAUCUAUCUGCUCCACAGCCAGCUGAUGUUGCUAAAGCUGCUGGGAAAGAAGCAGCAGAAGCAAUUGCUGAAAUUUCUGAUAGUGUAAUACCUGCUUUCAAGGCUGCUGCAGAGGAGCUUCUACAUACCUCUGAACUAUCACCAGCUGAAUUGCUUGCGAAGGCACUUGCCAAGGCAGCUGGCUACUCUGAGAUCAAUAGUCGUUCGCUUCUUUCUUCCAUGGAGAACUGUGUUACUCUACUUCUUGAGUGCGGGAGGCCCAUAUUUUCACCUUCCUUUGCAUAUAAUGUUUUGCGGGGGUUCCUAUCUGCGGAGAAGGUUGAAUCAAUCAAAGGUCUUACUUUGACAGCCGAUGGAAAGGGUGCAGUUUUUGAUGUAUCUGCUGAUGACCUGGAUAUAUUUCUAGCCGGGAAGAACGCACAAGGUGUAAGCUUAGAGGUAGUAAAAGAACUGCCCCGGUUACAAGAGAAAGAUCAGUCGAGAGGUGGAAGAUUUGGUGGUGGUCGUGGUGGCUUCUCUGACAAGAGAAAUGGAGGUCGAUUUUCUGGAGGCAGACGCGGAAGAGGUGGUGGUGGGAGAGGUUAUGGAAACUUAGGCCGUAGAUGGUGAAGAAUACAAACAAUUUAUUCAGACAGCUGACUGACUGUACAGGAUUUUUUUCGCCCUGUCGUGGGUUCAAAAUUUUGCGAUGAUGAAGAAAAAAAUGUAUAUUACGGCUGCUGUUUAUGGAAUACUAACAUUAGAUUUUCCAUAUAUAGGUUCAAUUCACUUGCUAUUUUUUUUAUUUCUUGCUUGCCUCCUCUUCGCAGGAGGCAAUUUUUUCUUUUCCAGCUUGUAUUUUUAAUAACUCAACAAAUUUGCUUUUUCCUUAGUCUAAAUACAUUAGUAUAUAUUAUAAAUGU